UUGACUAAUAAUGCCACCGGCGGGUGUGCAAUUUCUUGAUUGAUCUUGAUUAAUUCAACGCGCUGGAGGACAAGGCUAAUAGUUGAGGCUGCAAACGUUGGAACCCUCCUCCGUUCGCCGGUGGUUCACCAGUGGCUCCUGCCGCCUCGCGGUACCACAUCGGUCCACGGAUAUAAACUUUACCAUCGUCAUUGGCCUUGCAGUCUAGCAUUCCCCAUGGACACUAAUUUUCAGUUCAUCUUCGAGUCUCCCAACGCAUCUCAAGGUCAGAAGAAACGCCCUCGCCUCGUUACCUCAUGCGAUAACUGUCGUUUGAAGAAAAUAAAAUGUCUGCAGCCAAGUCCAGAGACACAGUGUGAAGCAUGCACGAGUGCCAAAAUUCCUUGUAGGUUCCGAGAUCGCGAGCGGUACUUCGCCGAACGUAGUCGGGCCAUCGCUGGACCGAGCUCCCCUACCAUGUAUAUACGACCAGCAAGUAGCUCGGUCGCGCAAGACUACCAGGUUGAUGGACAUCCGGCGGAAUACUCUUCCGGUCAACAAAUACAAGUCUCCUGCAGCAAUCCGCCAUCGGCAUCCCACUCCUCGCAACGUUCUUCUUAUUCGCCACCUGGAACUGGCUAUGGUAACGAAGGUCAUGCCAGAUCGCAAUCCUACACAUCCUCAGAGAUCUCGAAACCUUCUGGAGUAGCAAGAUAUUCGUCCACUGACGAACACGCACACCACCGUCCAAGCGUAUCCACGUCACAAUCGUACGAACGACAAGCUAACCAACCCUCCCAUUACCGUGUGUCUCAGCUAUUCGAACCUGGUCAACCCCAGUUUCCCCGGCGUGACUUGAUGUCUCAAUUCAUAACACUGUUCAUUAGCCACAUGGGCGGGCAGUGUCCCUUUCUCACAUAUGAAGACUUGUAUGACAGAUGGCGUCGUCAGACCAUGUCAGCCCUUAUGGCUAAUUGUAUAGCUGCGCUUGGUGCAAGAGCCUCGGAGAUCCCUGAAGUAGUUGCUAGGGGGCCAUCAAUUGUUGCAGAAACCUAUUGCGAGAUUGCCAGGGAGUUGCUAACCGCCUCUCUCAAUCAACCAACUCUCGAGACCUUGCAUUGCGUAAUGCUACUUGCGUGGUCCGAAUAUAAGGCUGGGCGUCCCCACGGCUUCCGCCAAUACGGUGAUCUCGCCAUGCGCACUGCCAUGGCAAUUGGAUUGUCGGAACAAUCAUUGCAACUCAGUCCUUACGACCCGUACCAAAAUAGAGUCCGGAUAACGUGGACCAGUGUCAACCAAAUGCAACUCUAUGCAUCUUCCAGUACGUGCGCAAGUUUGCAUGAAUAUAUUCUUGCAAACCGGUGUGUGACGACAGUGUAGAUAUACCAACAUGAUCUCCGUCCCCCCUUCAAAUAAUGGGAGGUGACUCCAUUAACUCGGUAGAGCCGGAUUCUUGAAGGCACAAAAUUCAGGCUGUGAUUCAGCACAUCGUUCAGUAGAUUCACCCAAACUCUCAUAAAGAUAUUUAUGUACACAAUGUCGGUCAUAGCUACAGUCUUGCCCCAUCACCCUGCAUCAGUCCAGCAUAGCCUAGUAGAUUACUGCACA